CAGCCGCGGCCAGCAGUCUAUACUAGAUACAGCACUCCGCAUCAUGGCUCGGCGAAUUGCGGACGCAUGACCGCGGAACGAACGCGCGUCGUCAUCGUUCGCAGACUUCGCGCUCUUCUUUCUCUCCCCCCCCCCUGUCACUGUAUCGUCGUACACCCGUUUUUCCUCUUUUCCUCGAUGCUCUUGUCCCUUGGUUCUUUCACUGAUUACUCACUACUGAUCAUCCCGGUCCGCGGCUACACCACCCUCGCGUCCCUAUUCUAAUUCGUGCGUGAGCGACGUCGUCGCGUCCUCUCACUGGACUCACGCUCGGUCACUUCACUCUCUUCGGCUCUCUCUCUCUCUCUCUCUCUCUCUCGUCGUUCACCUUACCUCACCAUGCUUCACCUUACUCCUGUUCCCUCCCGUCUCGCCUCAUUACAGAUAAAGAGACAGACAGUCCGACAUACGGACGGAUGCACGCUCCUACUUCACCUUCCUCGUCGUUACACUCGGUUCGCGGCGUUCAGUUCUACACGAUAUCGCACCGAUUCCCAAAUCCUUGAUACGCGUACGUCGCCGGCCUGACGCACCUCCUCUGUCCCCCUUAGCACCGUAUCCUUCUACUUUCUGUGUGUUUUUUUUUUCUAUCGUAGCUACCUAUCCGGUAGUGAGCGAGGACGAGGCACGGUGUCGCUUUUACACACGGUCUCGCGCGCGCGCGCGACACCAGUAACUUAUUUCGAGUUUGUACACGCACGAGCCUCGGAAACGUGUGUCCAUCCGUACACAGCGUACACGACCACCAGCACACAACGCCAACCACCGACUAUCUCUCUCGCCCUCCUUGUAGCUGUCUGUCCUUCUCUAGAGUGCCGCUCGUCAGAGCUGCGCGCGCAACCAAUACUUUUCACGCCAGGACCGUACUUGUAUAAAUUCCGAUGGAUGGUCCAGGGACGAUUACGUGGGAAGAAUUUGUCGAAAAUGCUGAAAGUUUUGUAGAGAUGUCGAACAGGAUGUCUGAUGGAUGGGAACUUCGGGGUAAUAAGGAUAUACCUGGAGAGGCGUACGUUGCCAGACAGAGAAAGCAUUUAUUCCCCGCCAAUUACUCAGUAUUUGAAAAUACAAAUGUCGACGACGAAUUAAAGUUCGAGUUAAAAGAUGACCCAUUCGAAGCCUCAUCUACAAUCGAGAAACCAUUCGUUACGGAACAUCAUGUAUUAUGGUCGAUGAGCUACAGUGUUCCCGUAUUGUACUUUCAUGGGUGGAAGUCAGACUUCCCUGGCAUCAAUCCAGUAACUGUUGAAGAAGCACAAUCACUUGUCCGUCAUGGAGACUUAAAUUAUAUGGAAUUAUCACAAGGAAUACAUCCCAUACUAGGCACUCCAUUUCUGCAUUUACAUCCUUGCAGAUCACAAGAGCUUUUACAAGUUACAAGUAAAAGCAAAAAUAAACUAGUGAGCUGGCUCAGUACCGUUGCACCUGCUGCUCUUUAUCUCAAACUACAACCUGAAUACUGUGACUUAACCAAAUAA